AUGCGUUGCGCUCUGAGAGCCGGUCGAAGCAGCGAAAAAGCAGGCGCCGACGGCUUCAUGCUCCUGUCUGGAAAUCCAAUUCUCGACAUCCCACGAGACGACAUGUCGGACCCUCUCCUACAGGCUUGGAUCAAGACACACAGCGGAAAAGGUGUGCAUAUGAUACCGAUCGAUGCCAAGAUGUACAGUGUGACGCCUUGUAGGAAGCUCGAUCACCGCCGCAGCUGUUACUAUGCAUGGACGAACAAUUGGGUCGCGCAAGAAUUCUGCGAUGUGUGUUUCGUGCUCGUCGAAGGCUUGAUCCUCGCAGCAUCCUACUACUCUGUGGCAAGUGUCUUCGCUCAGCUGGAUCGUGGUAGCAAUUCUGUUGCAGGACAUUAG